AUGCCAGACAAUGUUUCUGUCCUUAGGAACUCCACGGAACUCGGGGAAAGUCAAGCCCCGGCAAGGAGUUCUCGACCUGCCUGGGCAGUGACAGCGCUGGCCAGCGUGCUGAUUUUCACCACCGUUGUGGAUAUCUUGGGCAAUCUUUUGGUGAUUAUUGCAGUACUCAGAAAUAGGAAACUUAGAAACGCAGGCAAUGUAUUUGUUGUGAGCCUGGCUUUCGCUGAUCUAGUGGUGGCAUUCUACCCAUACCCUCUUGUGCUGUUUGCUAUUUUCCACGAUGGAUGGGCCUUGGGGGAUAUCCAGUGUAAAGUGAGUGGCUUCUUAAUGGGCUUGAGUGUGAUCGGCUCCAUCUUCAACAUCGCUGGUAUAGCAAUAAACAGAUACUGCUACAUCUGCCACAGCUUUGCCUACGAUAAACUUUACAGCUACAGAAACACCCUGCUCUUUGUGUUACUGAUUUGGGUGUUGACGAUAGUUGCCAUUGUGCCAAAUUUUUUUGUCGGGUCCCUUCAGUAUGACUCUCGGGUCUACUCUUGCACUUUUGCUCAGACAGUGAGUUCGUCAUACACUAUUGCUGUAGUGGUAAUCCAUUUCUUGGUACCCAUUACGGUUGUAACUUUCUGUUAUCUAAGGAUAUGGAUCUUAGUGAUUCAAGUUAGAAGGAAGGCCAGGAGUGAAGUCAAGCCCAGAGUGAAACCCAGUGACAUUAGAAACUUUUUAACUAUGUUUGUGGUUUUUGUGCUCUUUGCCAUUUGCUGGGCUCCUCUGAACUUUAUUGGACUUGCAGUGGCUAUCAAUCCAAAGGAGAUAGCACCAAAAAUCCCGGUGUGGCUGUUUGUUGUAAGUUAUUUCAUGGCUUAUUUUAACAGUUGCCUUAAUGCAAUAAUCUACGGACUGCUCAAUCAGAAUUUCAGGAAGGAGUAUAAGCGCAUUAUUAUGUCACUGUGGAAGCCACGGCUCUUCUUCCAGGAGACAUCUAAAGGAGGAACAGACGGGAUGAAAAGCAAGCCUUCCCCAGCUUUGAACAACAACAACACUCGAGUGAAAUGCAACAGCGUGUAAUAAUACUAUGUCUGGUGUGGUAGUCAUGCACUUCCGGUACAGAUGCAAAAAGGAGUAUAUUGUAAGUAGCAAAGCAAACUGAAAAAACAUGGGUUUCAUUUUAAGAAAUAUUGGAGUGCCAUUCACAAUGUAAUAUAUUAUGAUCAUGUAUCAUAUCCUUACAUGCACCUCAGGUUGCCUAUUUCUGCUGCUGAAGCAAUACAUUUAAUCUAAAAGCAACAACAUUCUGAUAACCAAGUUUAUUAAAAUAU